AUGCCAAUCAGUCCAUCGACAUGUCACGCCUUUGGCUGCUUUGAUAUCGCCGGUGGACCCACGUUGGAGCCAUCAAACUGGGGGACACAUGCCACCAUCAGCUCUGGUAAUUUCGCAAUUUUGGCCUGGUUGUUGAAACGUUACAAGGAAGUGACAGGAGGCUUCCACUAUCAACAUCAUAGUGCAAGCCAUAGUGUGAAUACUGGUCUCGGGUACGACCGACCGUACGUUCGGGACCAGUACGGGACCGUUCGGGACCAGUACGCGACCGUUCGGGACCAGUACGGGACCGAGAAUUUGUAUAGAUGAUGGCAUUUACAGGCUGCCGGGGCUCACGAUAUUAUACAAUGCUACCUGGUCUCUAGGACAUCGAGAUCGCAAAGGUCAGCAAUUGUGUGCAGGAUCACAAUGAUGGUUAGCUCAUUGUGUUCGUACUUCUUUGGGUUCCUAACUGAAUUCGUUUUUAGGCCGGCAGUUGCGAAAUGUCUCGUGCAAAACAAUGCAAGAUCCGAUACACCUUUUCUUUAUUAUCUUAGGGCGUCGCAGCUGCUCUAGAAAACAUGCACAAAAUAUUCGGGGCAAUAGUCAUACAUAUAUGCUGAAUUAAGUCAAAAUUUUGUAAGAAGCAAUAUAUAUUUAAUAGAUAUAACAAAUAUUUAAGACACGUUAUGUUGUUAUAUUUUUAAGUUUAAAAGGGUUAAAC